UAAACCCAUCUCCUCUUAUGCCACCUGCCUGGGUCCCUCCUGGGACUUUAUCACCAUGCCAUACUUUUUGGAACUACUGGUUAGAAGGUGAGUGUCCAUCUCCUCCAAGGCACCGAGGUCCCUCUGUCCCCUACUGGCUGUGUCUUGAAGUUGCAGCUCUUGGAGCCUCUGUUGGCUCCUCUGGAACAAGGAGUAGUGAGAAGAUGAACCUCACAGGGUUCUUGUAGGGAUUGAAUGACCUAAGACAUGGCAAACAAAAGGGUCCCUAGAGCCUAAAACUCUGGACAAUCUGCUGUGGGUGCUGUGAUUCAUGUUUACUACUUUUCUCUUCCCCCUCACUGAAGCAGCUCUCAGCAUUCUGCCACAAUGGCCCAUAUCUCUUGCUGUUUGGAAAGGCACAUAGAAAGCAAGUCCGUGAUGGCAUUGGUAAAGGAUGUCUGAGAUUCUUUCUGGCUUGACUUUCUCCUUGUCACAGAAGAGGGGUCCCUUGGUGCUGAAAAAGGAGCCACAGGCCCACUCAGACAUCUGGAGAGGCUCACUGAGAUUCUCCAAUGGUUGGGGUUCACUCAUUCAACACAUACAUAAAAAACACCUCAUUUGUGCAUUGCUCUUCUUGUGACUUGGCAUAAUUUCAUAAACAAAGCAGAUGACAAUCCCUGGGCCUCAAUUCUACUCAGAGUCAGGCGCUCACAGCAGACACAAUAAACAAAUCAUAGCUACAGAAUGUUAGAGGGGAAACCCUCAUGGCCUCCUCUACGGAUGGUGGCAUCCUCCCAGAUUCUGACUAGAAUGACGGAGCCCAGCAACAAGUAUGAACUGGGGGGACUUAGGGUUCUGAAGAGCCUCUUUACCCACAAAGCAUGGGGGGAAAUAUGUGGACUCUGGCUGGGGAGAGACUAAAGGAGCCCUGGGGUUCAUAUGUCUUAUAAUUCCCACGACAAGGCUGACAUCUGGGGACUUCCCCUGCAAGAGGCAAAUAGUGAGUUCUGUAAAUGGAGACUUAGGUCCCCUGCAAAGGAGAGGUGAGGCUGGGGUCACAGCUGGCCACUGACAGACCCAUCCCCAGCACCGUGCCUUCCCAGCUCUCCCUGUCCUCUUCUACCCAGCAUCUGCCCCUACCUUCCUAACCCCAGGACCAGGGGAACCAGAGCUGGAGCUUUGAUGAGCAAACUGCUCACAAAUCUGCCUGGAGCUGCAGUCUUGAGUGCCCAGGUGCACACUGCUGUGCUCCAGGGCCAUUGGAAAGAGAAUGUCAGUGGGACGCUGGGGUGCACAAGGGUCUGUAUAGCCCUGCUACAUGGCCAGGUCUGCCCCUUCCAGGACAGCACUGAUGGUUUUGGCACCACCACCUCCAUUUUGUUCACCUGGCCCCCUGAAAACAAUUCAGUUUGCUGCCAGGCCCUGCAACGGCCAACUUUCUGGAUAAAGCUGGCCUUCAAUACCUUCGCCUGGCCUGGACUGGGCUUGGAGGACCAUCAGGAAAUUGUCCUAGGCCAGUUGGUGCUUCCAGAGCCCAAGGAGGCCAAGCCAGAAGAUCCUGCUCCACCUCCUGGGCAACACCCAUUAACAAUGCUGGCCCUGGAGCCAGCACCACCACUGCUGGCGGACCUGGGGUCUGCUCUGGAGCCAGAGUCACCUGUAGCCAUGGAUGCACAAGGAUAUCUACAUUCAGCACCAGCACCAGGGGAAGGGCCCCCUCCAGGAACAGUGCUGGAGCCACAGUCAGCCCCAGAGUCACCCUGUCCCUGUCCUGGGACUGUCAAGAGCCAACACACUGAAGAGCUGCCUGACAUCACGACCUUCCCUCCCAGGCUGCUGGCAGAGCAGCUGACCCUGAUGGAUGCGGAGCUGUUCAAGAAGGUGGAGCUCUACGAAUGCUUGGGCUCCAUCUGGGGCCAACGACAUCAGAAGGGGAGUGAGCUCGUGGCACCCACAGUUUGUGCCACCAUUGCACACUUCAACAGGCUCACCAACUGUGUCACCACCUCCUGCCUCAGGGAUGACAGCAUGAGGGCCCGGGACAGGGCCAGGGUGGUGGAGCACUGGAUCAAGGUGGCCAGGGAGUGCCUAAGCCUUAACAACUUCUCCUCGGUGCACGCCAUUGUCUCUGCUCUGCUCAGCAACCCAAUACAUCGGCUACACAAGACGUGGGCAGGAGUGUCCAGCAAAAGCACAAAAUGUCUAGAAGAACUCUGCAAAAAAGACACUGCAGUGAAGAGGGACCUGCUGAUCAAGGCGGGGAGCUUUAAGGUGGCCACACAGGAGAGGAACCCCCAGAGAGCCCAGAUGAGGCUGCGGAGGCAGAAGAAGGGCGUGGUCCCCUUCCUGGGGGAUUUUCUGACUGAGUUACACAGGUUGGAUUCGGCCAUCCCGGACGAUCUGGAUGGCAACACCAACAAGAGGAGGAAGGAGGUCCGAGUUCUGCAGGAAGUGCAGCUGCUCCAAGUGGCUGCCAUGAAUUACAGGCUUCGGCCUCUGGAGAAAUUUGUCACUUGUUUCUCAAGAAUGGAGCAGCUCAGUGACAAGGAGAGCUACAAGCUGUCCUGUCAGCUGGAGCCCAAAUCCCAGUAGGCUGGAAACAUCCUGCAGUGGCUGGGGCCCUACUGGGAUGCUGGCCAGAACACCAGCUCUGCAUCAUCCUUCACCCAGACCGGAGACACCAGGAAACCACAUCUAGGUGGCUGGCAGCUCAGCUGCAUCUUGACCCCACUCCUCAAUACUAGCUGCUCCUGCUGGCCAGGAUCAGGCCAUGGGACUUUUGCAUAUCAGGCGGGAGACCAUUUUAUGUUUAUUUUCUUUAGUGUAUAAGUAACGGUUUAUUUUCUUAACUUUCAUUAAAAUAAAAUUUUAAAACACUAUUCAGAAU